CGAAAUCUGCCCGCGCUCGGAGGAAACCUCACUCAGAGCAAAUUGUAUAUAAGCCCGUGCCAAAUUAAUCCUAAGCCAGAUCUGAACCAGCUCUCGAAAACCAACAACCAGCAUCAUGGCAUUCAAGCUUAUCGCCCUCUCCGCCCUCCUCGCCGUCGCUCACGCCGGUGGUCCAGCGGCUUACGACAUCGCCACCGCAACCGGUGACCACGGCAGCGUGGGAUACACCCAAGAGUCGACCCACAAGGGCUACGCCGGACAGAACGUCGUCUCAUCCUUCAGCAAGUCAGUCGACUCUCCCCACUCCAGCGUCCGCGUGAGCAACAGCCGUGUCACCAACGACGCCCUCUACAGCCACGCCGUCGCUCCAGCUCUCUCCUACGCCGCUCACGCCGCUCCGGUCGUCUCCUACUCCGCUCACGCCGCUCCGGCCGUCUCCUACUCGGCUCACGCCGCUCCGGCCGUCUCCUACUCCGCUCACGCCGCUCCGGCUCUCGCCUACGCCGCUCACGCCGCUCCGGCCGUCUCUUACUCGGCUCACGCCGCUCCGGCCGUGGCUUACUCGGCUCACGCAGCCCCGGCUUACGGCUACGCUCACUCCGCGCCAGCUUACGGCUACGCUCACGCCGCGCCCGCUUACUCGUCCGCUCCGUCGGUAUCUUACAGCUCGAUCUCUACCCCGGUAGUGGCUAAGACCGCUUACGCCGCCCCGGCCCCGGUCUACUCUUACUCUCACGCUGCCCCCGUCGUCGCCAAGGCCGCCUACGCCGCCCCCGCUUACAGCUACGCUCCCGCAGCCCCCGUCGUUGCUAAGGCCGCUUACGGAGUUGCCCCGGCUUACGGAUACUCCGGUGCCGCCCCCGUCGUCCACGCCACCUUCCAGGGUCUUGGUGCUCACUACGCUUGGUAGAUUAUCGCGACCCGUUCUACGCGUCGAGGGUGUCUCGUGAUGCCGUUAUUAGCGUCGAUUUAAUAUGUAAAUAAAUUGUACACUAUUUAUGUCGUUAAUAAAAUUUCAAUGAGUGCUAUUUAA